AUGACUGAAACUCUGGUGUCGUUUGCGGCCACGGCCCCUCACCGAAAGCUGAAUAUCUAUGCAGAUCAGCAGCUGGAAGAUCCUCUGGCCUGCGUUCUGGCCAAGAUAUCCACUUUGGAGAAGGUAGAAUUGAUUUUAAAAGUCUUUAAAGUGUUUUCUCCGCAGUUUCCACUUCAAAAUGAGCUGCAGGUGGUGCUCUCGCAGACGAAACUGCUGCAGGAAAUUCUGAAUCGGCUGCCAGCCAGCGCCGAUCCAGCCGCUGGCCGCCUCGGCCGCGACUCUGCGAAUUCUGCCCAAACUCGAAAUGCCUAUUUGGCAGCACUAAGGGCCAUCAGCAGCAAGACAUGCAGCGCAGCAGCAGAGGACCCCGAGGCCGCCAGCAGCAGCAGCAGCAGCAGCAAUGUGAAAGCUGCGCCUCAGCCCUCUGCUGCUUCUCUUUCCAAGUCUUUCUGGGGCAAACAGGGACUUGCAAAUGAAGCCGGCGAAGUUGAAUUGAAUAAAGACAGAAGCAAAACGGAAAAAGGCGAGCCGCCACUUCAUUUAACCAUUUUGCUUUUUAAAAACUCCGAAAUGGAAUUUCAGCAGCAGAAGCAGCAGCAGCAGCAGCAGCAGAGCCUCAGCUGCAGCAAAACCAGCGAAGUGCUUCUCCUGCGCUUCGGGUUUCUCCCGCAGCUCGCCG